AUGGGAGAUGCACCAAGAAGAUCAGGUGCAGGAGCACCAAGAUUAAGUGCGAGAACAUCUAUAUUAGAUAAGAAACCUACAGGAAGUGCGUCAUCAUCAUCGACAUCUACAUUAUCAAGUGGACCUCUAAAGACUAGUGGAGGUAUUAAAAUGCCAUCACCAACAUUGGGUAGAAAGGUAUCACCAUCUACAACUGCUCAAGGGUUAAAGACAUCUACUGGUUUUACUGCACCUUCUAUAUCGUUGACAUCACCUACAAUGACUGGUGGUGCUACAACGAUUCAACAUGGAAGAUCGGCAAGCUCAAACAUACCAUCACUCAUGCAACAGCAACAACUACAUCACAAUAGAUCAUCCGGUUCGUUGGGUGGUAUGCUGUCAUUUGGUAAAUCACCUUUGAUUAGUCGUGUGCAGAGUCAGUCUCAUGUUGGUGGUCAUUCUAGAAAGGGUAGUCGUGGUGGAUCAUCUGCUCAUCGGUAUGCGUCAAAUCAAUUAUCCUAUCAAGACUAUGUCGAUGAGGAAUUGUUCUAUUCUACACCGACUGAAGAGGAUGACGAAGAGUUUGAUCAAAUUCGUAACUUGCUCAACAGCGAGUACUCGGUCACUACUACACAAGCAACUGGUCCUCUCAAGGGAAGCAACUUGGUCGUGCUAUCGUGGAAGGGUAGUGAAGAGGGUGAAGGCUCGGUCGAGCAGGAGCAGCUGGCCAAUGAUCAACGUGAUCUUGCUUUCAUCAAAGACCAACUCAACAAGACCAACUCGCUGUCCAACCAAAUGGUGUUUAUCCUCGACCGAUUCAACGAUGGAUUGUCAGACCUAGAGAGAGAGGUGCAACCCAUCAACGCGUCAAUGAAGGAGUGGUCGACCAAAUACAACAACAUCAACGACGCAAUGGACUCGAUUCGUAGUGUCUUGGACAAGUUUGAUAUUUCCAAAGUCGAGCAAAAGAUUCGAGAAGGUGCCAAAGGAGAUUAUGAAAGCUACAUGCUCACCUUGGAGCAGAUUGUCAGCUCCAUUGACUUUCUCUCGUCAAAGGACGACUAUAAAUCGGCCGACAAGUCGCUAUCAGUGUUGCGUGAACUCAAGCAACUCGGUCUCACAGAGUUGGAGAAUAAUUUCAAGUCUUUGCUCGUCAAGAUUAGUAAUCUGGUCGAUCCAACCACCAUCCCUCCACUCCCAGCAUCCAAGCGUUACCUCGUCAUCACAUCACCAUCGGCAGUUGAAGAGAUAUCCAAAUCGAUCGAACUCUUUAGUAAACUACAUUACACUUCGUUUAUCAAAGAGUACAAGGACAAGAGAUCAAAGUUUAUUCUAUUGUCGUUGAGAAAGAUGGCUCCAGAGAAAUACAUCAAACUGACACAGGAAUCAAAAAAUUUGGCCUAUGUCAAAGGAACCCAUCCACUCAUCUCUUAUGUAUUCGAGACUCUACGUCUCUAUCAAAUCGAAUCUGAUCUCUGUAAAGAGUUGUUUGGUGAUCAGUAUCAUACCAUCCUCGAAGAUGUCAUUGACCCAGCCCACGAAUUAUUAUUGGAAACUGCCGAACCCAUCAUCAAAACAAAACGUGUUACCGAUCGUAUCUUUGGUAUCUUUCCUCUAUUGGAUCUUUUUGAAACAUUUACAAAAUUAUUACCAGAAUUUUCAAAUGCUAUUUCUGCAAGAGAUGCAAAUCAUAUAACUGAAAUUAAAGAUUUAAUAUCAACUUUGGAAUUAACAUGUUCAUCAUUAUUGGAAUUUAAUUUGGGUGAUGAUUCAUCUAAAAAGGAUCAAACAAGUGAACAAUCAACAACCGUAGAUGAAGUAUCAUCAAACAUGUUAAAUUAUUUCAAGAGAUUAAUUGAAUAUAGAAAUUCAGUUGAAUCUUUAUUAUCAAAAGUUAAAUCUUCUUUUAAUGAAUUUUUAGAAAAAACAUUAAGAAAUUUAAUUAAAUAUUUACAAACAAAGAGUGCAAAGGAAUCAGAAUUGAAAUCAUCAUUAAAGGGAUACAUAUUCUUGAUUAAUAAUUAUAAAUAUGUUGUAACAUCACUUAAAAACGCAAAUAUUUUGGAUUCACAAUCUUAUCUACUCCGAGAAUUUGAAACUUGUUUGGAAAAUGAAAUUAAACUUUAUUCAGAAUAUUGGAACAAUGUUGUAGAACAAUUGAAAUUUAACAAAACAAAGGAUGAUACUAAAGCAAUUGUUAAAAAACAUUCUUCAUUCUUAAAACAAUUUAAUGAAAUUACAAAAUUGAAAUUUGAUAUACCUGAUCAAGAUUUAAAGAAUCAAUUAAAACAUGAUACGAAAUUAAUUAUUACCAAAAUUUAUGAUAAAUAUAAAGAAAUGUGUAGACAAGAUAAAAUACAUUUAGAAAAGAAUUUUACACCUUUUGAAUCAACAGAAGAUAUUGGAAAAAAGAUUGAUAAGAUGUUUGAAAAUCAAUUGUAA